AGCUAAAAAAGAACAGAACCCCAUCACCUUCUUCUUUGUUAUCCACCAAAUCCCACUCACUGAUAUCUAUCCCGGUCAGUGUCUCUUCUCUCUCUCUCUAGAGAACCAUAUACCAUGCUGAUCUCCCCAACACCACUCUCUCUCAUCUGCGCCAUUAUACUCUGUAUGCCCCUCGCCGUCGUCUUCACCGUCACCAGCCCCGCCACCAUUUCCGUCCACAUCUCCAAAUCCCCCACCAACAUCCACCACCGCAAACUCAACCUCACUCCCCUCUCCUCCCCUCCUCCCCCCGCUCCCUUACCUUUAGAUGACGUCUCUCUCCUCCGCAUCGCCGCUAGGGUGAACUCGAGGCCGCCGCGGUUCAAGAAGCCGAAGAUCGCCUUCAUGUUCCUCACCACCACGCCGCUGCCGUUCGCUCCUUUAUGGGAGGAGUUUUUCCGACAUGCCCCGAAAUCGCUGUACAGAAUCUACGUUCACGCCGACCCGAGAUUCCCAUACGAGCCUCCGUUCUCCGGCGUCUUCGCCGGCCGCGUUGUACAUUCCAAGCCGGCGCAGCGGUUCACCCCGACUCUCAUUUCCGCCACGCGCCGCCUACUCGCGCACGCGCUGCUUGACGAUCGGACGACCUCGAUGUUCGCGCUGCUGACCCCGUCGUGCGUCCCGCUGCACUCGUUCAACUUCACGUACCGGACGCUGGCGGGAUCGAAGCGGAGCUUCAUCGAGAUCCUCGAGAACGAGGUCGGGGCGUACGACAGGUGGGCUGCGCGUGGAGCGGACGCGAUGCUCCCGCAGGUGAGCCUGGAUGAGUUCCGGAUCGGGUCGCAGUUCUGGGUGCUGAAGCGGAAGCAUGCGCGGCUGGUGGUGGGCGACCAGCGGCUUUGGUCCAAGUUCAAGCUGCCCUGCGAGAGGUGGGACACUUGUUACCCGGAGGAGAAUUACUUCCCUACCCUCCUCCACAUGCGCGACCCUGGCGGGUGCGUGCCCGCCACGCUCACCCACGUGGACUGGACCGGCAGCUUCGACGGCCACCCGGUCACGUACAACGCCUCCGACGUCGGGCCCGACCUGAUAUGGUACCUCAGGGAGGCCCGGCCCAGGUACGGCGACGAGUUUAACGUCAACGCCACCGAGUGGUCCGGCAGCGAGCGCCACGACCCGUUCCUAUUCGCGAGGAAGUUCCCGCCGGAGGCGGUGGGGACAUUGAUGAGUAUGGCGAGUGACGUCAUUUUCAGAGAUUAGUUAAUGUGUGUUUUUUUUUUUGGGUGAAUCUGUA